AUGGAGCACAAAGAUAAAAGGCCGCGGCCUGACCAAGUCUCCGACCUCGAUGAAAAGCCCGGAAAGCGACAGGCCACACCAAACGCAGUGUAUCGAAAUGACAGUAGCUGGGUACACCACAUCCUGAAGCAGCCUGAUGUUGGGUUGAGUUUUGAUGGUAACGGUAUUCAAAACUCGGGCGGUAUCAACGUUGGCGGGGACGUAAAUAUCGGCGUCCAGAACCGCUCCGAUCAAGAUACCAAGUUCCUCGCCGACCUGCGAUCCACCGACCCCCACGACGAUAAGACGCGUAUCGAGCGCACCAAGGGCUGCCUGCUGCGCGACUCGUACCGCUGGAUCCUCGACCACGACGACUUCCGCCGAUGGCGCGACGACGACGACCAAAGCCGACUGCUCUGGAUCAAGGGUGAUCCCGGCAAGGGCAAGACGAUGCUGCUUUGCGGCAUCAUCGACGAGCUGGAGAAGACGCCUGCAGACACACGCACCCUGUGCUACUUCUUCUGUCAAGCGACCGACUCGCGCCUGAACAACGCGACGGCCGUGCUUCGCAGCCUCAUCUACCAGCUGCUUGACCAAAAUCCCUCCAUUAUUGGACGCGCACGAAAGAAGUACGACCACGCGGGCAAGAAGCUGUUUCAAGACGUUAACAGCUGGGACGCCCUAUCCAAAAUGCUCUUUAGCAUCUUAGAAGAGUCAAGCCUGCAAAACACCUACCUAGUGAUCGAUGCGCUUGACGAAUGUGAGACGGACCUCAGCCAGCUUCUACGCCUGAUCAACCAAGUAUCGUCGUUAUCCCAUGCGAAGCUGAUCGUAUCCAGCCGCAACAGACACGAUAUCGAGGAUAAGUUACGGCCUACCGAGACCCAGACGCGACUCGUCCUAGAACUGAAGGAAAACGCGCAGCAUGUAUCCUGGGCUGUUGAUACGUACAUCUCUCAGUGUAUUUCAGAGCUGAUGCAACUACAAGGAGACAAAACACUCCAAGAUCAACUCCGGCAGAAAAUGCAGGUCAAGGCUGAGGGGACUUUCCUUUGGGUAGCCCUGGUCGUUCAAGAGCUUCGUGAGGCGGAGGCCUGGGAUGUUCUAGAGAUUAUAGACGACAUCCCGGCUGGGCUAAACGAGCUAUACAAACGGAUGAUGCGCCAGAUCCAACGGCUACAGCGGAAAGAUCCCGAGUUCUGCCGCAACAUUCUUUCGACUAUCACUACUGCCUAUCGUCCACUUCACCUAGAUGAGCUGCGGGCCCUUGCCGACUUGCCGCCAAACAUAUCGAACAUACAGCAGCACGUCAUCAAAAUUGUGGCUUUGUGCGGGUCAUUCCUCACAAUACGAGACAGUGUUGUUUACCUUGUUCAUCAGUCAGCUAAGGACUUCUUGACGCUAGACAGGCAGCUUUUUCCAUCUGGCUUGGCAGUAGGGCACAAUACCAUCGCCUUAAAAUCGAUCCAGGUCAUGUCGAGAACACUUCGACGCGACGUGUACAGCCUUCGCGCGCCCGGGUUCCCCAUCGACCAGGUGAAGCCGCCCAAACCCGAUCCACUAGCGCCGGCCCGGUAUUCGUGUGUCUACUGGGUCAACCACCUGGCGGACGGGAAUCCCGCCGGACAGGGACAGCGCGGCCAAGGACUCCGGAACGGCGAUUCGGUUUAUGCAUUUCUAGAAAAGCACUACCUUCACUGGCUAGAGGCGCUCAGCCUUCUCAGGAGCGUAUCAGAAGGUAUCCUUCAGAUGUCGGAAUUAGCACAUCUAGCUCAGCUAGCUCAGCUGGCUAAGGAUGGACUCCGGUUUCUUCGGACGCACAAAGCAAGCAUAGAGUGCAUUCCGCUUCAGACGUAUGCUUCAGCACUUGUGUUCAGUCCAAGGCGUAGCAUUAUAAGGGAGCUGUUUCGUCGGGAGGAGCCUGGCUGGAUGGUCACAAAGCCUAUUAUGGAAGAUGAGUGGGAUGCUUGCCUGCAGACGCUGGAGGGCCAUGGCGGCUCCGUCAGGUCGGUGGCCUUCUCAGGUGAUGGCACGCAGCUAGCGUCGGCGUCGUACGACGAGACCGUCAAGGUUUGGGACGCUGCUACGGGCCAGUGUCUCCGGACGCUAGAGGGCCAUAGCCACGGCGUCAGCUCGGUGGCCUUCUCGGGCGACGGCACGCAGCUAGCAUCGGCAUCAGACGACCGCACUGUCAAGGUCUGGGACGCCGCCACGGGCCAGUGUCUCCGGACGCUCGAGGGCCAUGGUAACGCUGUCAGGUCGGUGGCCUUCUCGGGCGACGGCACACAGCUAGCGUCGGCAUCGUACAACAAGACCGUCAAGGUCUGGGACGCCGCCACGGGCCAGUGUCUUUGGACGCUUAAGGGCCAUAGCCACGACGUCUACUCGGUGGCCUUCUCGGGCGACGGCACGCAGCUAGCGUCGGCAUCGUACGACCAGACCGUCAAGGUCUGGGACGCUGCCACGGGCCAGUGUCUCCAGACGCUCGAGGGCCAUGGCAACGCCGUCAGGUCAGUGGCCUUCUCGGGCGACGGCACGCAGCUAGCGUCGGCAUCGGGCGACUGCACCGUCAAGGUCUGGGACGCCGCCACGGGCCAGUGUCUCUGGACGCUCGAGGGCCAUAGCCACGACGUCUACUCGGUGGCCUUCUCGGGCGACGGCACGCAGCUAGCGUCGGCAUCGGACGACCGCACCAUCAAGGUCUGGGACGCCGCCACAGGCCAGUGUCUCCGGACGCUCGAGGGCCAUGGCGACUUCGUUAGCUCGGUGGCCUUCUCGGGCGACGGCACGCAGCUGGCGUCGGCAUCGUACGACCAGACCGUCAAGGUCUGGGACGCCGCCACGGGCCAGUGUCUCCGGACGCUCGAGGGCCAUAGCCAUGACGCCAGCUCGGUGGCCUUCUCGGGCGACGGCACGCAGCUAGCGUCGGCAUCAAGUGACCGCACCAUCAAGGUCUGGGACGCCGCCACGGGCCAGUGUCUCCGGACGCUCGAGGGCCAUGGCGACUUCGUCAGCUCAGUGGCCUUCUCGGGCGACGGCACGCAGCUAGCGUCGGCAUCAUACGACCACACUGUCAAGGUCUGGGACGCUGCCACGGGCCAGUGUCUUUGGACGCUCGAGGGCCAUAGCCACGACGUCUACUCGGUGGCCUUCUCGGGCGACGGCACGCAGCUAGCGUCGGCAUCAGACGACCGCACCGUCAAGGUCUGGGACGCCGCCACAGGCCAGUGUCUCCGGACGCUCGAGGGCCAUGGCGACUUCGUCAGCUCGGUGGCCUUCUCGGGCGACGGCAUGCAGCUAGCGUCGGCAUCAUACGACCAGACCGUCAAGGUCUGGGACGCCGCCACGGGCCAGUGUCUCCGGACGCUCGAGGGCCAUAGCCGCGACGUCAGCUCGGUGGCCUUCUCGGGCGACGGCACGCAGCUAGCGUCGGCAUCGGACGACCGCACCGUCAAGGUCUGGGACACCGCCACAGGCCAGUGUCUCCGGACUCUUAAUGAUAUCCCCCACUACUACUACUACAACCACAACAGCAUUAUUAUCGCUGACGAGCGCAAUGGAGACGCCUCAUUUUUACGGCUAUGCAGUGAGUGCGAACGGAGUGUGGAUUACACGGAACUCUAG